AUGGCUGACGACCCCAGAGAGGCCAAUGAGAUCCGUCGGCACACCUUUGCCAAUCACAUCGAUCCAGUGAUGCUGAAACGCCUGUUGCGCAUAAUUUUUGCCCCCUGUGGGGCGGCCUGCGCGCGACGUCGCCAACAGAGCAGUGAGGCUUCUUGUUCUGGCCAUGUGGUAGCCCUGGAUCCCCAGUACAUCGCUGAUGAGUUAGACAUCAAACCGGAGAGUCUGGCAACUAUCCUCUCCUACCUGCAUCUGCAAACUGGCUGCGAGCGCAGCCUCACUAUUCUUCCCGCCUAUCCGAAGUCCGUCACUUUAAGAUGUUACGGUGGAUCCAAUGAACUGGCUCGUAUUUCCAACCGAUGUUUGGCUGUCUCUGCCUGGCUCGGCUUGCUCUCCUCGACGGAGGCCAAUUUCUCGGUCAACCUGCCCACUCUGCAUGAGGUACAGAUAGAUCUUGUUGUACUGUGCAAUGCCUGGGGCUGGCGUCCGGAUGUGGUGCGCAAUGAGCUC